AUGUCUAAAAUCCAACACCCAACGACUACGGAGAAUCUCCCAGACGAGAUUUUAUUAAACAUAUUCGUCCGCUUAUUGGCCAAACAGCUUGCUCAGAUGAGGUCUGUCUCCAAAUCUUGGAGUACACUUUUAUCCCAUCCUUCCUUUGUAAAAUCCCACCUCCAUCGUUCCAUGCAUAACAACAAUGAACAAAUUUUCUUGAUCUUCUAUGGUCUCUUCAAACCCUUCAAACAAUACUCCUCUCAAUCUUCCCAUCUAGAACCCACUAAUGUCAUCAAACACACUCCAAAACCCUUCCGUGAGAUACCUGUUCCAGAUUCUCUACUAGAUUCCAACCACAUUACGCAUCAUUUAGGAGUUUUGGGUGGAAAGCUUUGUGAGAUUUCAUGGCAUAAGAAUGGUGCAUGGGAGGUGUGGGUGAUGGAGGAGUAUGGGGUGCCUAAAUCGUGGGUCAAACGCUAUGUUUUCCCUAAGUUUAUUAAUGAUGGUUGGAGAUUUCCAUUUGGAUUCACAUCACGCAAUGAACUGCUUCUUGUAGAUUGUAGGGGUCGACUUGUUUUAUACGAUCCAAUUGCAAACAAGACUAAAUUGACAUCUACAGAACAAAGCGCACAUAGAAUCGUGGAGUAUGUGGACACUCUUGUUUGGGUCUAG